AUGGACAGGAGCACGUCAUCAGUUGAUUAUAUUGACGUUGACGAUCACCCUUCAUUCAUGGCUAAAAGUCAAGAAACAAGCCACUCUAACCUACAAAAGGCAGAAAUUUCGUUUUCAGAAAUUGAUUUAGAAGUAAAUCCUCAAUAUAAGGUAUCAGAUCCGACCCAUCAGAAUUUAUAUGGCAAUUUUAUUACGGGAUUUGACGUCACCACUGAGGAGGAAGAUCAUAAAAGAAAACAACGAGCUCUAAGAUUUGGUCUACGAUAUCAGAAUUUAGUUGAGGCUGACCAAACCGAGAAAAUUAAGCAGGAAGACUUAGAACAAAAAAAGAAUGAAAGGUUUCUGCGAUUCGGUCCUACUGAUUCACAGAACAGAAUAAAUAAAGAAGAUGCGGAAAUCGAAAGCUGCAGCGAAUUAGAAUUGCCAAGUUAUAAAAUCGAAGGCGAUAUCCGACUGAACGCUCUACAUCUUCACGGAACCGACGAAAUGAGCACUAAAGAUGUUAUCCGCUAUUUCGAAAAAUUUCCCCCGGGUAGUAUUGAAUGGAUUAACGAUUCUUCUUGCAAUGUUAUUUGGGAUGAUGAAAAUACAGCCAAGCGAGCAUUUAGUGCUAGAAGUCAAGAAAUCUCGCUUAAACAAUCGAUUGUCAUUCGAGAUCAUCGUAAUAUAGCUACUUCUACCGGAAGUAGAAAGGGUAUCGUUACCCAAUCAAGGAAACGAAGAAAUCAGAAAGGACAAGAGAAAUUAUGUUCGCCAGAUAUCGCUAUUGAUAAGGAUGAAAUGGAUGUUGUUGACUCUGGCCAAGACUGUAAGGAUAAUCCUGAUAUCAAGGAAAAUGAUGAAGCCAUGGAAGUAGAUGAACCCAGAAUAAAACGGAUGCGAAUGAGAGCUGAUGAAGAAGAUGAAAAUAAACUAAAAAGAACGGAUCUGCGAUUACUUCUGAAGAAUCGGCGUAAAAAUGAAACAUAUCUCGCGCUAAAUAAUCGGUCAUCUUUGACUGUCGAGAUCAUAAAUGAUGAAUAA